CGAUCCAGCACCUCAUCCCAAUCGCAGCCAACGAUGAGCCAGACACGACCACUACAGCCGUGAACCCCCUCGCCCAUCUCCCCAUAACCACCUCCAACAUCAAUCUCACCGAAAUGGCCUCACGCCUGCCGCCCCUGCUCGAGAUCGAGCGCUUCAGCAGCGAGGAUGCCGGGCCGGCCGUCAAGACGGGCAUGUGGACCCUCGUGGCCGUGUCAGGCCUGUUCCUAGCCCUCCGCCUGGGCGCCAAGAAGAAGAAGCGCCACGUCGGCGCCCUCGACAACGACCACGACCACGACGACGGCGACGACGGCAGCAGCAGCACCCCCGACAAGCAGCUGCGCCGGCCCAGCCUCUACUGGGACGACUGGGUGCUCGUGGGCGCGUGGGCGGCGCUGCUGGCCAACGGCGUCUUCACGCACGCGGCCGUCGAGCUGGGCUACGGCCGGCACGCGCGCGACGUCGACCCGCGCGCGCUGCCGUCGCUGGCCGUCGCGGGGCUGCUGUCGUCCACCUUUUCCUUCGCCGGCCAGGCUUUGGGCAAGACGGGGCUGGCGCUGGCGCUGCUGCGGUUCACGCGGCGCGGCGGCCGGGUCCGCGCGUUUGUGCUCGUCAAUAUUGUGCUCGUCAACGUCUUGUUCGCCAUCGGUGCCGUGCUGUUUUGGGUGCAGUGCGUCCCGCUCGAGAAGUUGUGGAGGCCGUCGCUGGCCGGUGGCAGGUGUAUGGAUCCGAGGAUCAACGUCGUCUACGGCAUCAUCGUAGGAGGGUACUCGGGUAUCAUAGACCUUAUCCUUUCCGCACUCCCCUGGAAGGUUUUGAAGGAUGUCCAGAUCGACCAGCAAGAGAAGAUUGCUGUAAUUCUGACCAUGAACCUAGGAAUCUUUGCUGGUAUCGCCGCCUUUAUAAAAUGCUCCUAUGUGCCAACCCUUAUCUACGGCGACUUUUCGUACACCGGGGCCCAGCUCGUCAUCUGGGGAGCCGCAGAGACGGCCGUGGUUAUCAUGGCAACGUCCGUCCCCAUCAUGCGGCCGCUGCUACGUGACGCUGCGUCGUCCAUGCGCAGGAAGAUGUCGCCCAAGAAGCCCCAGCAGCAGCUCUGGGCCCUGCCGCCAGACCAGAAGGGCGAGGGCACGACUUUCCCCACCAGGUAG